CUUAAACGGAUUAACACAGGUCAACCAGUUUACUAUUCUUAUUUCUGAAAACUGAUUGUAGCAGCCAAAUGAAUAAACUCACUACGUCAGAUGUUACUGAGAUAAUGAAACUACUUUUACUAGCUCGAUUUUAAGUCGUGAGCUGGGAGAAAUCAAUCAGGUAACAUCGCCUCAUAAACAAAGCAUUGGAAACAUCGGGGGCGGUCAAGUUAAUUUUGCGACGUGACCUUUGGUUUAGUAUGAUUUUAGCUUUUCUUCGUUCACAGUUGGAUGUCCCAUUGUAUUGCUUAUGGCUCAUUGCUGUGGCUUUUCUAUGUGAUUUGAACACCGUCUGUGGUGCUAACUUAGAUGAUGAUUUUGCAGAGUUUGAGGAUCCCGAUGAUUGUAAGUGCUCGAUGACUAGCAAACCAGUUCAAUAACAAUCGUCAUUGAACUGGUUUGCAAGUAGUCUAUGAUAAUUCGUUUUGUGACUGGAAUUUUGGCUGCCGUUUAUUUUUAGUCCGUUGACAAUUCUUGACCAUACAGAUGACAAAAGUGUUUUGUUACAUGAAAAAUGUUUGACGGUCAUAUUGCCAUUAAAGUCAAAAGUAAUCGAUUUCGAUCAUACAUACCUGCCUUCAAUUUCCUUAUUUUAAACCACUGGAAUGAUGUUAGACGGUGACGCUUUAACAAAUCACCGAGUUUUAUGGUAGCUAACGUUCAUUGUUAUACCUUGUACAAUAUGGAAAUUUCUACAUCCACUUAAUAUCCACCAGUUCCUUGUUAUGCCAAACGUUUUGUAUGUCUUUGUGGGAUGACUCCUCUCACAUUUUCGGACAAAAAGCAGAUACUCCAGUUUUAAUCUAAAGAGAUAAUUUAUGAGUAGACUUUACUGGCAACUGCCUGAGUAAUGAUUAUAUAUUAACUGGAUUAUACAACCCAUCACACUCCUCAAAAUAACAGUUCCAAAAGUUUUGUUUGUUGCAGGCAAGUAAAAAGCUCUGGUUUUUUGUAGAGAACUGACUCAAGAGGAUCCCCACCAACUUAACGGACUCCACACAUUGAAAUCCCCUCAUUCAACGCCAUCUUAUUAGCCAUGUUUUCAAGCUGUUAGUGAUGAGUCACAAGCACUAGACAGUAAAUCGAAAUUGCAAGAAAAAUGUUGGCUUUAAUUGGUAAAGUAUUUUGUUUAUUGUUUUAGAAUACCUCUGCUAGCCUACUUGUCAUGAUGCCAAAGGAAUGACAACCUAAACGUGGCAUCCAUCUAUAAAUUUAUUGGCAGUUACACUGCGCCAUGUUCGCCGGUUUUGAUUACCUGAUUUGGGUUUGAGUAAUUAUCAUAAUCAGUGUUUAGACAUGACUCAGAAUCGUUCUCAGUAGACCGGGUGUAUCGGAAACUUUUAGAGAGCUGUUUCAUCCGGAUCUGAAGUGUUCAUUCCAGUUUUUCUUGAAGAUAUCUGUGUUUAAUCUGACGAGAAAAGAUCGCCGAUUAAUUAAAAAUAAUAAAGUGGGGCUGUGGAAUUAAUAAAGGGUGUUGUACUCGAACUAUUUCAUGAUUAAGUUGGUUGUACUCAUUCAUAAGAUAAAUUUAUUUGACUUUACCUAGGUUAGUGUAAAUUAUUUUCGUAGCUUGUAUUAUUGUGUAGUUACCUUAAACAGUACAGACAAGCAAAUAUUAUAUAAACUAAACAAUUCUCAAGUUUGUAGUACAAGAAAUGGAUUUCGAUUUAGUGGUUACUGCGUCACCUAAUUAUUAAUAAUGGCUCAACUUGUCUCUACGUAAAUCUUCGUUGUUUUUGUACCGGGAAAUUGAGGGUUUAUGAACAUUAUCACUGGAAUUCAUAAACUACAAACGAAAAAGAUGAAACUACUCAACUGGAUUGAUAGCGUACAUUGGUUUUCUAAGAUUCAUGCAAAAUAAUGAGCUUUUACUGCUGAUAUCACAGAAUCUGUUCCUGUCCAAUCGGCCCGUCAGCACAAAGCUGAGAAUGUCGAUAAAAAUAUUUCAGAAAAUAGUUUCUCUCUAAACACUGGGAUCGAUCGUGAUGGCGAAGCAGUCUUUCACACAACUAAAUCACCAACUGAUGGAGCAACCGUAGAGGAUAGCGAAUUAGAGGAAGAGUCAGAAGACAUGAGACUUGACGAUGAUGAAGAGUUUGAGGGUUUGUCACCCAAUCAACCAAUUCUAAAUACCGAUAAAACAAAAAAUGGUAAACGAAAUCUGAUAAUUGCAAAGGUCCCACAUCAUCUUACUCGUUCAUGGGACAAUUUUCAUUUGGAAAUGCUUUUUGUACUAGCCUUAAUGAUAUAUACGUUGAAUUUUGUAAUCGGACGUUCCAAAAAUGCACAGUUGGCAAACACUUGGUUUUCUGCUCAUCAGCCAUUAUUAGAAACUAAUUUUGCUGUAGUUGGUGACGAUGGUCUAGCUGAACCUGGAACUGGGACAUUAAUGAAGGAAUCAGAACAUUUAUAUUCUCUUUGGUGUACCGGAAGUGUACACUGUGAUGCGAUGCUAAUUGAAUUGCGUUUAGUCAAGCGUCAAUGUUUAUUCUUCGCAAUUGCCAACUGGAUAAGACCGGUUCAUGAUAGCAUUGUAGUGAAAGUAAUUAUGGACGAUUCUGAAAUGGAUGGUUGGGUCAUGGCGGUUGGUCGUAAGCGUCGUCUUCAAGCAUUAGCAAAAGAUCAUCAAGAUUUAGCUGUAUACUGUCCAGACAAACGUGGACAACGGCAUUCAUACCUACCAGAAUCUUUCAUGUUUUUAAAUGAGAUUCCAGAAGUUAUCCCGGCAAUUUUCAAUCCUCUUGUUUGUAAAUUUCUGAAUGAUUUUGAAGAAUCAAUCGAAUAUUUAUUUUUCUCCGAUCAGUAUAGUGGACCGAAACCUCCCCAAGAAGAUACAAAUACUCCUACAAAACCUCCAGUUACACAGAAAACGCUUAUUUUUGCUUUCAGAUAUGUUCCAACAACAACGAAGUCAAAAUCUUUCUCAACAUCAUUUACAUCAUCAAAUAAUAAUGGUAAUGGUAAUCUUAAUAUUCAUAAUCAACACCAUCAGCAACCAAUCGAAUCGGCUACUGCCUUAUUCCAUUUUAUUUUUUAUGUGAUUGAAAAAGUUCGGCGAUUUCGUCUUAGUAAAGAGGGCAAGGCUAAAUCUGAACGAAAUAGGCAACGUGCACAUGAUUCACAUCUUAAGUUAAUGCACAGUCAACGACAGGAAGCAGCUCAAAAUCGUCGUGGUGAACGCCUACGAGCUGCUAAGGAGCGUAUAAUGGCUGAGGAUGAUCCUGAGAAAGCUCGAAAGCUUGAGGAGAAAGAACAACGUAAAGAAAAAUCAAAGAAAAUGCCAAAAAUGAAAAUGCUCAAAAUGAAAUAAUAGCAAUAGUAGUAUUAGUUGCCGACGUUUACGAAAGAUAAUAUCGUCAUGCCAGAUAAGUGAAGAAUGUUUAAAAAAAGAAAAAAACAGCUCGAAGUUUGGAUGGUACUAUUAAUCGAUAUCAAUACAAACACCACACCCAAAUCAACCUAAUAUGUAACCCAACUGAAAAAUUUUGUCCGGCUAGUCGUUGUUGUUUUUUUUUAAUUAUAUUUUAGUGUUCCUUCCAUUUAUCAACAAAACCCACCACCACCAUUGUCUUUUUAUCCUUCUGUUCUAAAAAAUUCAUCUCAUUCGUUUUUUUGUUUGUUAGAUAAUAGUCACCUCAUCACGCACAUAUACACACAUACCAAAUAUAUAUGUUUCCUCUACACAGAAAUUUAAAAAAAAAGAUUAUAAUAAUUACAGUAUUCUUUUGUAAUAGUUUGCAUGAUUUCCUCUUCUAUACCAUAAAUUGGUACGUUCGUGUGUUUGAUAUUGACUAUGGAGUAUAAAGUUCAUUGGUGCGUACAAAUAAUAACUAUCCUCCUAUAUUCUUUAUAUUAUUAUUUUUCACUCUAUCCUAUCCUUGUGCUUUAAGCGCAAGUAUAUAUAUAUAUAUAUAUAUAUAUAUAUAUAUACUAUUUACUGUGAUUAUCUUUACUAUACCCUUUGUCCAUUUUUCUUUAUUAAUUCUCAGUAUUUAAUCAACUUCUGUGUACAUAUAUACAUAUUAUUUAGAUACAUGGUGUAUUUUGUGCUGUACAAAGAGGUGUAAUUUAAUAGUCAAUUGUCUUAUUCUCUUCAUUCCUACACAAUCUAUUCAAUUUGUGUGCAUCUACUUAUCGAUAUCGUGUCGUACUGGGUUUUCUACAUUUUUCAUAUACAUAUGUAUAUGUGUUAUUUUUUCGAAUUGAUAGUAGUAUUCAUAGUAGUGGUAAUAUUUUUUAGUAUUAUAAUAAAUAAAUUCACAUAUUUUGUACCUACCGAGUUCAUUCCCAUUUCUGUCUUCUCACAUUAUAUUCUUAUUUGAUUAGUUAGUUCCUAAUUUGUUUUCUCGUUUUCAAAAAGUAUAUUUUCUUUACCCAACA